GUUGAUUAUUUUGUUUGUUGUAAACGUUUUAGAGAAAUUAUUCAAAAUGGAUUUCUCACGAGGAAGAAUGAGCAGUGCCUCUAUGGCCGCCUGUUUUAACUACGAAACUAAGUCGACGGUGAAUAAAUUCGACGCAAAAGAGGUUAUGGAUCCAGCCACUUUAGCAUGGCAUCGCCCACAGUCUGCUACAUCCAGGGUGGAAGAGGAACUCAUUCAAAAAAGUACUCGGGCGGCUACGCAAGCAACAGAUCCCUUGGAAAAGCUGCGGCUCCUGUGCUUGUCUCGAGGAGCCACUGGGAUAAUGGUCCUGGCAAGAUUCUUUAGAAGACUGGAUGAUGAUGGAAGCAACCGACUAAAUAAAGAGGAAUUUAUCAACGGCUUGAAGGAAACAGGACUAGAGAUGACUGUGGAGGAAUAUGAGGAACUAUUCCAUAAAUUGGACACCGACAACAGUGGAUCUAUUAGUCUUGAUGAAUUUAUCACACAACUGCGACCACCUAUGUCUGAGUCACGGCGCGCUAUAGUGGAGCGAGCAUUUAAUAAGUUAGACAAAACGGGUGAUGGUGUGCUGUCUGUUAAUGAUAUAAGAGGAGUUUAUUCUAUGGAAGCUCAUCCUAGAUAUAUGAGCGGCGAGGAGACAGCUGAUGUGGUGAUGACGAGGUUCCUCGCCAACUUUGAGCCGGAUGGCGAUAGAGACGGAACGGUAACACUGGAGGAGUUCAUGAACUACUACAGUGGCAUCAGCGUGUCCAUCGACAAUGAUUGCUACUUCGACUUGAUGAUGCGUCAAUGUUACAAGUUGUAAUUUCAAUAUAUAUUAUAUACACACAGACAACACGCAUUAACUAUGAAACUUUUGUUACGCACGCACGACGCAAUUCUAUUCGAUAAUUGCCUAAUGCUUAAUGUUAUCCGUUAAAUUAUAUUUGUGUUCUAUUGUUCAUGAUAAAGUUUGACCAGUGCAUUAAUAAUAAAUGCU